GAUUUGGCAAACACAGAAUGGGCAGCAUGGGGCGUGUCAUGAAAUUACACAGGAUAUAAUUCAAGAAGUUCAGCAAGUCUCUCCCAAGUGCAGCUGAGAAGCUGUACUUUUACCAUCACAGGUGAAGCUGAUAAGACAACACAGAUUUCACAAUGGGCUCCAUCAGUGCAGCAAGCACAGAAUUCUGUUUUGAUGUAUUCAGGGAGCUGAAAGUCCACCAUGCCAACGAGAACAUCUGCUAUUCUCCCCUGAGCAUCAUUUCAGCUCUGGCCAUGGUCUACCUGGGAGCAAGAGGUAACACUGAAUCUCAGAUGGAGAAGGUUCUUCACUUUGAUAACAUCACAGGAAUGGGAGGCACCAGUGACUCCCAGUGUGGCCCUUCUGAACACUUCCACGAUUCAUUCAAGGAUCUUCUCUCAGGCAUUGCCAUGCCAAAUGCUACGUAUGUACUCAAGAUCGCUGACAGACUCUACCUUGACAAAACAUACCCAGUUCUUCCGGAAUACUUAAAAUGUGCACAGAAAUUCUAUAAGGCAGGGCUGGAAGAAGUUGACUUCAAAACAGCUACAGAAGAAGCAAGACAGCUCAUUAAUUCCUGGGUGGAAAAAGAGACAAAUGGACGCAUCCAAGACUUCCUGGUAUCAAGCUCCGUUGAUCUCAAUACUGCCCUGGUCCUCGUUAAUGCCAUUUACUUCAAAGGCACGUGGAAGAGAGCCUUUAAGGAAGAAGACACUCAGGAAAUGCCCUUCAGCAUGACAAAGCAAGACAGCAAGCCUGUGCAAAUGAUGAUUCAGAACAGCACGUUUAAGGUGGCCACGGUGCCUGCGGAGAAAAUGAAGAUCCUGGAGCUUCCGUACGCCAGCGGAGAGCUGAGCAUGUUGGUGCUGUUGCCUGAUGAGGCUUCUGGCCUGGAGCAGAUUGAGAACACAAUCAGCUUCGAAAAACUCACACAGUGGACCAGUUCUACUAUGAUGGAAGAAAGGAGAGUGAAAGUGUACCUCCCCCGCAUGAAGAUGGAGGAGAAAUAUAACCUCACGUCUGUCUUCAUGGCCUUGGGAAUGACUGACCUGUUCAGCCCUUCAGCCAAUCUGUCUGGUAUCUCUUCUGCAGAGAGCCUGAAGAUGUCUGAGGCUGUGCAUGGGGCGUACAUGGUAGUCAAUGAAGAGGGCACAGAGGUGGCAGGCUCAACAGGGGUGAUGGGAGACAUCAAGACUUCCCCUGAGUUCGAAGAGUUUAGGGCUGACCACCCAUUCCUCUUCUUGAUCAGACACAACCCAACCAACACUAUUCUCUUCUUUGGUAGAUAUUGUUCCCCCUAACAAGAGAAAGAGUUGGAAAUAACACAUGCCUUCCCCUCCCUCAGAAUUUGAACCCUUUUACUGUAGUAUUGUAGCAUAAUUUAAUCUCAAUAUUUUAUCAAAGUGGAAAGCCUUUAAUAUCUAGGGAGAUAUUCUUGAAGAAGCAUGUGAAUUUUCAGAUCUUUAUGUGCAGGUAUUUCUGAUCAGUUUGGAUUCAGGACUUAUAUCCAGAGCUGAAUGAAAAUUUCAGCAGGUAGCUUAGGAAGAUUUCCCAAUGUCCUUGACUAACUUGGGAAACAGGGCCAAUGUUUUGACUUUUUGUGAGAAAUCCUGCCAUUGCUAUUGAGAUCUGGUUUCUCUAUAGGAGCUUUGUGAAAUAAACACUGCUUGCAGUAUAAUCCUUGUCCUUCCUGUUGAACUUGCUGGGCAACCAUCCUUGAAUUGAUGCCUGGACAACUUUCAGAUGAAAUUCUGAACUUCAGCAGAUCACUCUUCUUCCAGCAUUUGGGCUUCUUUGUGCUGCACAUACUAUAAGGCCAUGCCACUUUUUCUGA